UGCCACAUCAAGAGCUGCUGCACCAACACCACACUGAAGCCACAACUGAAUAUCAGCCAUGAAGACCACAUCCAGGACCUGCACUUGUAUUUGCAUCAUCUCUGUGCUUGCCCUCGCUGGUAGUGCGCUGGGCGCCGCCAUUGCAGCACAGUCGACGGAGGAGCGACGUCCGCUGCGGAUAGCCCAGUGCAGGGAGCUCUGCUACCGCCAAGCUCUGGCGGAUCCAACCCCACCUGUCCUGUGCCGCGGCAGGCCCGACUGCUUCAUGUGCCACGACUACUGUCGCGUCCUGGCCGUGGCCCAGAUAAGUCUGGCCACCUCGAUGUGCGCGGAUCGGGAGUUCUGCAGACAGGGAUGCCGCGUGGCCUGUGCCUACCAUCGGCUGCGCAUCGGCUAUCACCAGGAGGCGACUGCCAACACGGUGCUCAAGACAUGA